UCCUGAUGUGGCUUUCAUAUGUGGGGGGUUUUGUAGUUUUCUUCUGACUGCUGCACAGCUGCUGCUUCUUUAAGAGCCACCGCCCGCCCCCUCUCCUGUAUUUUUAGCUGAGCCAGCCACUUCAUUUGCUGGAUAAGACAGACAGUUGUGUACCGUAUGAUCUCACUUAUUCGCUUUAAUAAAUGACAUCAAAUCUUAUACUGCGGAUUCACCGUAGGCCUACAACCAGAUGUUUCGUGGAGAUGUCGUAGAGGAUAGACGGAUGCUGAGACGCGCACUGAGCCUGUGGAUGCUUCAUGUCCAUUAUGAAACGCAAUGCUGCACUGGGUUGGGAAUGUUAAGGCGCAGCGCUUUAAGGAUCAAAUGAAUGACAAGAAAUCAGUUUAGCUGCAAAACACUCCUGUGGUGAGGACGGUUCAAGGUGUCCAGCAUCUUUCUCCUGUGUCCUCUGGUACCUGUCUUCUCUUGGAUUGUGGAUAACAAGAAGCCUUCAAGACGGAGGGGGUGGUGGAGCAUCGAGGAAAAAAUAGGGGCAAUAUGAGAGAGCGGGACUUCAUGCCCAAUAUGGAGAGGGGCAAACCUGCCACUUAUACGGGGGACAAAAAGGCUAAGAUGGCUGCUAAGACUAACAAGAAGUGGGUGAGAUUAGCCACUGUUUUUGCAUAUGUAUUGUCCGUGUCUUUAGCAGCCAUUAUUCUGGCCAUUUACUACAGCUUGAUCUGGAAACCGACCAGUGCAUCCUCUUCUGCGGGGAGGCCGGGGGUGCCAGAGGAGGUCACCACCACCGCCAACAUCUCAACUAAUAUUUCCACAAGCAACAAUGCCACAGAGUGGAACUCUACACAGACAGGGCUUGAAUCUCUAAACCAGAGCAGGCAGGACACAGCCGCGCACAGUCGGUCGUUUCAGUGGGAUGACAGAGCCGACAGAGUGACCGUCGGUGCCGGAGCAGAAAUUGCGCACCCCCAGCAGGAGGAAGGACUCUACGCAUCCUCCCACGGUCACACAAACGCGGAGAGAUCGAGCACUUUGGGUAGAGAGACACACGGGUCUCAUCCAGGGGUGAGCCACUACGUCCCCACAGGCACCAGGGAGUCUGGAACGGACCGGGACACGGAUGCGCACAGACGGGGAGAAGGAGCGAGCGACCAGGGCGACCCCGACCAGGCGGCUCCAGAUGCGCCCACUGUUCCUCCGACCUCCGCGACGAGCCGAGCAGACUGAUCGGGCCCUCAUCACCCCCCCCAACCACCACCACUACCACACCCCCCCUGUUCCCAAACACAAACUCAUCCAGCGAGGAGUGUUUUCCAGACUCAAACGCCGCAGGUCGGAUAGCACACACAGGUCUUCCUCUGGAAACUCAUUUUGCAGAGUCUCAGAUGGAUGCUGAACUGCACAGGCGUCAUGCACUGACACACAAACUGUACUGAACGGCCAUGACUGAGGAAAGAGGAGACCUCGCUUCUUCAAUAAACACUGUUGCCCCUUCAACACUAUGCUUUUUUUGUUUUAGGCCAUCUGUAUGCCUUAAAAUGUGUCUACUUUACCUCGAACAGUCUUUGAGGCCACUAUCCUGCCCGUACGUGUGGACAACACUGGUAUAAAUAUUUUGUUCGAUAAAUAAGACUCCAGAGAAGCUUUUGAUUUGCAGGACAUAAAUGUGUCUCACAGGCAUACUGUGCUUAACAUCACUGCCAUUUACCGGCUGGUCUAAAUCAAUACUGCAUUAUUGCAUUUAACAUAGGCUGUAUUUUCUUUUUCAUGGAUCAAACCUGGAUUCCAAGUAGAAGAACCUGCAUUAUUGAGUUAUGCUCAGGUAUGUGCAUAUAACCAUGUAAAUGUAUUGUGCAUUUGGUUAUGUACAUAUAGGGCAGGCAUACAUCUUUUGGCCUUGAUGAACUUUUAGUGUGAUUAGAUGAUUUUUAUUAAUGUAUUAUAGGUAGAACUAUAUCACACAGUACAAAUAAACAUCCUUAGGAAAUGA